AUGCCGAGGCUGUCCGCUGCUCAGCCGGGGCUCGAUCUGGCCACUUGCCAAGCGUCGCUGGCCAGCUUGGUUUCACUGGCGUCAGAGGCCCGCGACAUUCAACUGUCACACGCCCGUCUCACGCGCCAGUUAAGCCAAGCCGCCUCAAUCCACGGCGGUGAAUGCAGCCCACCUCGUCGAGUGCCCAGUCACGAGGAGAUGGGCGUCGAUUUCUCGGCCACAGGAGCGCCCUGUGGAGGGAUCAUUGGGGCGGAGUUGGAGGAACGCGAAGAGGACACAUGGCGCGAGACACACGGUGCUUAUGCCCAACUGGCAGGCCGCUUUCACACUUCCAAGACGUACAUCUUGGAAUUUAUUGACAGAAUUGAAGCCACUCGCAGACGACUACAUGCUUGCGUUAUAUUCUACAGUGAAAUCGCUGUGGUACGUAGUAAAGGCUUUAUUUCAGGCAGUAUUGACAAGAAACUGCUUGUCAAAGAGUCUCUUAGACUAUUAGUGCUAACUUGUAUCAGAUUAUGGAGCUACUUGAGUUUCACUUCGAGAGAAAGUGUAUGA